UGUCCGCUGCCUGAAGAAGAGAAGGAGCAGGACGCGGAGGGAGCACCCCGGCGGGCACCGGCGCAGCCAUGAGCGGUGGGGAGGUGGUCUGCUCGGGCUGGCUCCGAAAGUCCCCGCCGGAGAAGAAGUUGAAACGCUACGCAUGGAAGAGAAGGUGGUUUGUGCUUCGGAGUGGCCGCUUAACAGGGGAUCCAGAUGUAUUGGAAUACUACAAAAAUGACCACGCCAAGAAGCCUAUCCGUAUUAUUGACUUAAAUUUGUGUCAACAAGUGGAUGCUGGAUUAACAUUCAACAAAAAGGAGUUUGAAAACAGCUAUAUUUUUGAUAUCAAUACUAUAGAUCGAGUUUUCUAUUUGGUAGCAGACAGCGAGGAGGAGAUGAAUAAGUGGGUUCGAUGUAUCUGUGAUAUCUGUGGGUUCAACCCUACAGAUGAGGAUGCUGUGAAGCCACCAGUUAGUUCUUUACAACCAUCUACUGAGUUACCCUUGCCCAUCAACACUUCACCGCCUUCCAUGCAAGCAGAAUCUUCCCUUCCUUCUCCUUAUCAGCUUAUUAAUGUCCCCCCUCUGGAGUCUUCCUCUGGUCAAGAAGAUCCUCAAGACUACUUACUGCUAAUAAACUGUCAAAGUAAAAAACCUGAACCUAUGAGAUCUCAGGCUGACUCUUCAAAAUCCAGCUCUUCAGAAACAGACUGCAAUGACAACCUGCCCUCCCACAAAAACCCUGUUGCAUCAGGGAGCAAGCAUGCUGUGAACGGCUUCUUCCCGCAGCAGUGCGUCUACGAUUCCCCGCCUUCCCGCUCCGCGCUGACACUGGCAGACUCCAGCCUCUACAACCUGCCUAGGAGUUACUCCCAGGAUGUUUUGCCCAAGGCAGCGUCUCCAUCUGGAACUGAUGCCGAAGGAGAGCAACAUGUUUUCAAUACCCCGUCAGCAACGUCAUUAGACGCACAGAUGAGGCACAUCUCCAUUAGCUAUGACAUUCCCCCCACACCCGGAGGUACUUAUCAGAUCCCACGAACUUUUCCGGAGGGAAUGUUGUCUCAGACUUCAAAACUGGAGACUAUUCCAGACAUCCCUCCACCUCGGCCACCCAAACCUCACCAGGCAGCAGAUCGAUCUCCUGUGGAAACCUGUAGCAUCAGCCGCACUGCUUCAGACACAGACAGCAAUUACUGCAUCCCCACUGGAGGAGUGCUGCCCUCACGCAGUAACACCAUUUCAACGGGAGAUCUGAAUGUCUUCCGGAAAGAAAUUAGUUCUCAAGACUGUUAUGAUAUCCCACGAACGUUUCUGAAUGACAGAUCUAAUUCAUUGGAGGGCUUCCAUAACCACUUUAAAAACAGAAGCAUGUUGACAGUGGGAAGUGUUUCAAGUGAAGAACUAGAUGAAAAUUAUGUCCCAAUGAAUCCCAACUCUCCUCCACGACAGCAUUCCAGCAGCUUCACUGAACCCAUCCAGGAAACAAACUAUGUACCAAUGAUACCUGGCACGUUUGAUUUUCCAUUGUUUGGAAAGCAAGUCCCUCCUCCUGCUCACAUGGGUUUCAGGUCCAGCCCAAAGACCCCUCCCAGACGGUCGGUACCUGCUGCAGAAUGUGAGCCACCGCCAGUAGAUCGGAACCUCAAACCAGACAGAAAAGGUCAAAGUCCUAAAAUUUUAAGACCUAAGCCACAUGGUUUAGAGCGAACUGAUUCACAAACCAUAGGUGACUUUACUACAAGAAGAAAGGCAAAACCAGCUCCACUAGAAAUAAAACCUCUGCCUGAAUGGGAAGAAUUACAAGCUCCAGUUAGGUCUCCUAUCACCAGAAGCUUUGCACGAGACUCCUCCAGGUUUCCCAUGUCUCCCAGACCGGAUUCAGUUCAUAGCACAACUUCCAGCAGUGACUCGCAUGACAGUGAAGAGAAUUAUGUAUCCAUGAACCCAAAUCAGUCCACUGAAGACCCAAAUUUGUUUGGAAGCACUAGCCUUGAUGGAGGAAGCAGCCCUAUGGUAAAACCUAAAGGAGAUAAACAAGUGGAAUAUUUAGAUCUGGACUUGGAUUCAGGAAAGUCUACCCCACCUCGUAAGAAAAAGAACAGUGGCUCAGGCAGCAGUGUGGCAGAUGAGAGAGUUGAUUACGUUGUGGUGGACCAGCAGAAAACGCUGGCUCUGAAGAGCACGCGUGAGGCAUGGACUGAUGGCAGACAGUCUACGGAGUCCGAAACACCCACGAAAAGUGUGAAGUGAAAACACUGCUUUGUAUUUGAAGAAUGGAAAGAAGUGAAUUUUGAAGAAUCACAGAACCACAAUGGCAGUGUUGUUCAGCUGCACAGUACCUGAUUCCCUGGGGUGGGAAUCAGUUCCUCACUGAAUAGGUUGGAAGCCAAAAGACAAUGAAUGUAUCAGAGGAACUUUAAGAUCAUGAAUUGGCUCUGUGGUGUCUGGAAAAAUCACAGCAUGUAAAUAAUCUGUAAAAUAAUAUUACUUAAGUUUCAGAAAACCUUUUGUUCUGUAGUUAACACAUUUGUAGUAUUACUGUGUUUAUGCACUUUUUCAGUUACAAUGUUGGUUCAAGUAUUCACAGUUACUAUACCUUACUGUCUAAUUCAUCUGGAGAAUUCUUUUUUCCUUACACUACUAUUCCUCACAAUUUUAGGUUAAUUAAGCUACAUGUAGAAAUGGAAAUUAAUAUUUGAACUUCAUUUUAACAACUCAAAAUUGAUUUUGCAGAAAUACUUUUGCAAUUGAAUAAUCUACUUGAAAUGCCGAGAGACAAGCGUUAGUUACAUACUUGUUUAUAUUUAAUACAUACAAAAUUGUUUGGAAGUCUACAGGUUACCUUCCUAACAAAAAAUAGCUGUGAGUUAAUAAUAAUGAACUGUACUCGGUUUAGACCUAAAAUCCUGCCUUAUAUGUUAGUUGUUAGUGGUGGAACUUCUAUUGUAUUUUAUUAAUGACAGUGUUCUGUGUUCAAUGGGUGAAGAUUCUGCAGGGUGGGAUCUUACACUUUCAAAGACUGAAUAAUUAAAUGUCAAGUAAGCCUGCAAACCACUGAUGGCAUGCAGUAAUAUUGUGAUCUCAUACUUAUUAACAAAAAAAUAACCUUUAUAUUAUUUACACAAGGUAGAGUAUAUAAAUCAGGUACGUACCAAGCACUGUUGUGCUAAUACACUGAUCAGGUUUAGACAAUGAGCUUUAGUUUUAUACUGUUUAGAAGUUCUAAUGUCAGUUUUCCAUUCAAGAUUAAUGGGACAGUUUGACAUUCACUUUUUUUAGUACUAGCAAAAUACUGUGAUUUUGAAUUAGACAUUAACUCAAAUGGAAAUACUAUGUUUUAACACCAUAGUGCCCUUCUUUUGAGCUCUAUUUUACUUUAAUCUCCUGCUUGGCCUUAUAUUUAAAUCCCUAUGCAACUGAUAUUUUAUAUCUCUGUUUUUAAAAAUUUGAUAAUAUACUUAAAUGAUCCCCUUGUAAACCACUUGUUGCUCUUUCCUGGUACAGGAUUUUAAACUCUAUAUACUGUGAUCCUUUAUUUUACUAUGCCAGUUCCAAGUAAUAAUCUGCCUUGGUUUAGAAACAUUUUUUUGUUAUAUGGAAGAAGAUAGAAUUCUUUAAAUACAUGAAUGAGUUAGGUCUAGAUAGAAAAAUUGCUAACACUUUUGUUUAAAGCAAAUGCCCUCAAUUAAGUGGUUGGUUUCAUUUUCCUGCCCAAUUGGGUUUUUUUUUGUCCAGAUCAUUUAAAAAUUGAGCUUAAAGCUGCAUUGUUUUCUGGCAUGUUGGCCUUCAUACUGUGCCUAAUCUAUCAUUGGUUGUUUCUCUCCCCUCACAGCCACAAUCUAGUAUGUAAAUUAUCUUCUUCUUAACAAAGGUUCUUUUUAAAUUAGUAAUAUUUUGAUGUUUUGAGUGUUCAUUUUAAAAAAAGAAACUAAACACAGUGACUUUUGAGGUGAAUUUUAAAUAAAUCAAGUUGUUCUGUUUUGGUGUGUAAACUCUGUCCUACAAAGCAGCAAAUGGAUGUCAGUGUGUCUGGGAAGGUGCCUGGAUACCAACCACAUUUUUUCAGAAUUGUAGAUGUACAGCUAGAACAAUUUUUAACUUGGAUCUCUGAUUUAAAACUCUGUGCCAAGAAGCCAAAUAAUGUGAAUUCCCACUCUUCUGGGAGCCAGGAAAAAAUCAGUCUCCUAAGCCAGCCUCUCUUGCUGAGUUAGUGAUAGGAGAUGGAUUUGCUCUAAUUUUGCUGAUAUCAGUCCUUGAUUUACAGAUUACACUUACUCUUUCUUCAUUUAAAAUUUGGCAGAAUUCACCAGAUUAUUUGUUAUUAUGAUGAGAGAUUUGUUAUUAUGAUGUUAUUAUGUUAUUGUUAUGAGAAUCCACUCUUAAUUUCUAGGCUUUUCCCCUUUCUUUUGUUAAGGAAAACAGGAGUUCCCACACUGUACAGACAGUGUAACAUUUUCUAAGUAGAGCCUACAAUUUUUCUUUAAUUAGAUUUCUAAGCAGUUUCCUCCCCCAUAUUCCAUUCUUACAUUUUCCAUACUUACAUGCUGUCUAUGGUAUGUUCAGAAUCAGAGGAGUGAUUUUAACUUCUGAUGAUACAUUUCAUUUUCACCAGGGAAGCUGCACGGGCUUCAUAGUGCAAAUCUGUCUGAGCUCUUGGAUGGUCUAAGGAUAUGAAUAUAAAAUUGAAAAAGUGUCUCCUAAAGUUGUAGGUGAUAGAAAGCAAGUGAAACUGAUAUCAGCCCUGUGUCACUUCCAGUUACUAGAUUUGUGAGGACACUCUAGUUGGAGGCAAGCUGGUGGAAAUUCAAGCAGAUACUGGUGCAGAAGUAGCUUGUCAAUGUUGCUUGUCAAGUGUUCUUUUUUCAAAUAGGUAAGUUUUCUCUUGUUUUGCUCAAACUCUAUGUUACCAGUUGCAGUUUGUUGUAUGUGUCAUUUUAAAUUGCAAAUAUAUAUAUUCAAUAUGUCUUUUACAAGUAUACAACACCUUGCUCCUAAAAAUCGAAAGAAAACUUGGUGCCUUGUACUCUAAGAUUGACUUGAGAGGUGAUUUGGCAUCAUUCCGUGGUGUGAUCUGAACAUUUCUUUAUCUGCUAAGUACCAAUAGCCACACUUUUACACACUGCGAUAUAAUCACUAUUACCUCAUGAAGUGCAGGUGCAAACACAGCUGCUCUGUUCCACUAGAACUUCGUAAUGUGACAUGGAAAAAGGUGAAAAUGUGGUGAUUAGUGGUUUUUUUUACUAAUAUUUGUAUUUAUGUAAAAAAACAAUAACAAACCAUUCAUGUAUGACAGUUGUGACAUAGUGCCACACCUAGGGAGUACAGGCAAAUUACAGUAUGGCUGUUUUGAUUAAGUAAUUUAGAAUUUAUUGCUUCUUGUCGCUAAUUAGGGAGUGAUGGGCACCUCUGUAGCUUUUACAGUGCACUAUGAGCCAAGCAAGAUUUUAAUCACAGUGAAAUUUAAGUUUAGCUAUUACUGCAGCAGUAAAUUUGUGUGUGUGUGUGUGUGUGUGUGUGUGUGUACAUGUAUAUGCAUAUAUAUGUGUGUAUAUACACACACAUACACACACACACACACACACACACAUAUAUAUAUAUCUAUAUAUCUAUAUAUAUCUAUAUAUAUAUAUAUAUAUGUAGUACUUUUGCAAAAGCACUUUGGAAACUUAGCAGCCCUGGAGAGCAGUUCCAUUCCCUCCUUAGCUAUAGAGGUUUGUGUCAUGAAAAGUGAAUGGACAUUUAUUUGCUCAAGGAGAAGAUACUGCCGUACAAUAUCAGUGUGCAAUUUGGACAGCAAUAGUGUCACUUCAUCUGUUGAAAUAUUUUAUACCUGUAGUUCUUAAGAAGCUCAGCACUAUCCACAGGUGAACUUAAAUUUCAAGAUUAUCCUCCAUAUUUCCUAAUCUGCUCUUGAUCUCUGUAUUGCACCAAACUGCUUCUUAAAUGUUGAUUUCUUGUUGUUUUAUUUCUUGGGAAUAUUAAUAUGGCGAUGACCACAAAAAAAAGGUGCUUGUCUAGCAGUUAUUGUAAUAAGUGUUCCACAAAAACAUUGUGUUGAUUGGGUGUAGAUGAACCAAAUCCCAGACAAUGAGGUUUCUGGAUUUUGCCCUAACUGAAUGAACAUUUUGAGUUCAGCUCUCAGCCUGACAAGGUGCAGAGUAUGAUACAAAGAAAAGGUGUUGAGAGAGUUAUGAACAAUAUCUUUGACAUUUUAAGUUUUCCAGAAUAUGUUUAUGGUUCUGCAGCCCUGAUGUUAAUUUUCAGUAGCAAAAGCAGGAGGAGAACAGGUAUUGGAUGCAUGACCAGCUGAAAGGUUUUUGCUAUCUCGUUGUUAAGUAAACAGAACUAGACUGUUCUGGUGCCAGUGGUUUUCUUUCUAGAUGGUCUAGAAAAGAAGAUUUUCAUGUUUCAUUUGAAAGGGAUGAUCUGUUUGCUUCAGCUUUUUUAUAAGCAGGUUAGCUGAAGUGUACAGUUGUAUAAUCUGCUGUGCACACACAUAAAAUGUUUAAUUUUAUAUGCUAAAAUGGAAUAGAAUAAAAUCCUGUACAGUUUAGAACAUAAAGCACCAAGUUGGAAAAAUGGAGAUUCUCAAAGUUUUCCUGCAAUUAUAAAGCCAGCACUUGUAGUAAUCAUCAUAAUUGGCUCUUGAAAAUUCUCCAGGAUCUCUCAUCACUGUCAAGCCUUUUCCUAGUAAGUUGCAUCUGCAGUGAAAUAAAAAGAAAAUGUGUGUCACAUUUUCAGAAAGGGCAAUCCUAAUAAGAUUUUAUUAAAUGCUCUUUGAGGUCCUGGGUUUAAUGUGUGGGGGGGGGGGCUUGCACAAGGUACCCAGACAGCUUGAUUGUUUUAAUCAGAAGGCCAGAAGAGGAGGAAAAUAUAAAUAUGCCUUAUUUUCCCUGAAUUCGUUCCAGACUUUAAAAUAUGUAAGUUUUCAUAUUUUUAUGUGCUUUUUAGGGAAUAUACUUUAGAGGAAGGAAUCGCUACUUGCUUCUGUGCAUUUUUGCUGGUUUUUGCACAAUUAUAAACUGUGCAGACUAGCUGAAAGUUUAAGGUUUUUUUCCUUUCUAUUUUGUGUUAGAGGUGAAGGAUGCAGACCUGUGAGUUUGGGGAUGCCUCAGACUGGCCUGCUGGUGUACCUCAGAGUCUGGAGUUAAUUGCAUCAAAACAGUGAUUCAACCCUCUGCUGAGAUGAUCUUCAUAGUAAUACCUAUAAAUCAUGGUGUGUAUAUUUAAUUAAUUUUUUAAUUAAUCAUAAUCGAAACCUAAACAUUGGAAACAAAUAGUGUUCAGAGUUAAGGUCCCUAAUAUCCAGUUAGGCAUAGAGCAGCAUUUGAAAAGGCAUUAUGUGUAACAGGGUUCAAAUUCCCCAGGCACACAGAUCCAUUUACAAUCUUUUGAGGAGCAGAAUUUCAUAUUCAAGGCACUGCUGUCCUCUUUAAGUAAGUGAAAGUUCCAAGAACUUUUUCAAAAUCUAAUUUCUACUCAAUUAUAUGAAUAUAAGUUUAGGAAUUGAAUUUGAAAAACACACCUUGUGUUAUAACUAUGGUUUUUUUCCUCCUUAAAUGUCUUAAGAAUCAUCACUUCCUGAAAGAAGUGAUAUGAUUCUUAAGACAUUUUUGCCUUUAGUUCUACUCACUGACAGCCCAAUAUGAGGAAGCAUAAAAUAGACUUGGCCCUUGAACUUUUUAAAAAGAUGGAAAAAAGUAAAGGAGCCACCCAGGACCAGGAUUUUGCCUCUGAUCUCCUCAUACACUAUAUGGUGCAGCUGCCCCCAAUUCCAGUGCUCAGUUUAGAAGUUGGGACACAGAUCCUGUGGCCAGUAUCAGGGAAGUACCAACAAGCUCUGAAAAAAGUGGUUUGCUUAAAAACAAUAUCAAGAGUUCAAGCAAAACUUUAGUUUUGGAGAGGGCUGGUGGGUUUGUUUUCUCUGUGUAAAAUGAAUAGGAUAAUAUUUAGGAUUGUGAUGCAAGUAUACUCAGUACCACCCUUUGGGAGCUAUGCUUUAUCUCAAUAUGAAUAUUAUUGUUCACUCCAUUUUUUGGGUAUCUGUGGUCUGUAUUUUUGUACAGCAUUUGGUAUACCAGGAAAAGGGCUGUCUUUAAAGUCUGGGAUCAAGAAUCAGAAAACGUUGGCUCCCAACAACGUUUUAAGGUUAAGGAUAAAUUUCCAAUGGAUAGUUCUAAGAUCUUGAGAUUUUCCUUUAGUAGGUGCAUUGUGCAUAAGGAUGGAAACUUGAAAUUAAGCAAGCAGUUAUUGUUCUGUAAAUGGGAUAUUGUUCUGUUUUUAAAAAAGCCCAAACAAAACUUUUUUAAAAAAUAAAUUAUUUAAAAUUA